UCCUCUGACGGUCAGUGUCAGUAGCGUCACAAGUUGCAGUCGAGAUAGAGGUGAAUGUUUUGUUUUGCUGUUAAAAACGUCAGACAGCAUGAAUAAUGUUUUCGCAUUACUGAUUUUGUUUAUUACACUAUUAGAUAUUGGAUAUUGCACACAGAGGACUUUACGAUCAUGGGUGAAUCCUGACUGUGGCUCGACAUGUAAUGAGAUAAAUUCAACAACAGUUUACCUGAGAGCUGAUGGUCCCAAUGAUACCUUACAUUAUCUAUGGGAUUUUGAUGGCAAUCCGUCCGUAUUAUUAGCACUUACUUCACCUACAGGUUUCCUUAAUAUAAGCUGGAAUGAUUUCCUUAUGAAUAAAAAAAAUUCUGUAACGUUCACAGAAAAACCUAUAUAUAGUUUUGGAGUAGUUAUAAAUAAGAUCAUAGAGUUCAAUGAUGCGAAUGACACAGGAUUAAUAAACAUUGCUAAUGUUGUAAAUACAAAUAAUCUAUAUCCUAUGUUUUAUCAAUGGGAGCGUAAGACUUUAAUGCAAAAUAAUGACUUUGUUACCUUAGAAAUGGAAGGUAACUAUUACAAUGAUACUGCAAUGAAUAUUAGUAGAAGUGGAAGUGUAAAACUUUCGUUAAGAGGUUUCUGCUCUCUCGAUCAUUCAGAAAUGCUGCCUCACAUGUUGCAUACUGAAAAUUCUACUCAAAUCGACAUUGUUCUUGACAAUAUACAAACGAAUAAUACCUUCUCUAAAAGCAGAUUUGCCAUUGAAUUAUUAGUAGUUGGGGAAGGAAAUCCUGAUAUACCCAUGUUUGUGAACCCCAAGAAAAGUUUGGACGACGAACAUACUCCAGGUAUAUUUGAGGUGGUCGAAGUUAGGACACCACCGUUCAAAAGUAUGGAUGAUUUUCGAACUGAGGGUGCUUAUUUGCAAUGGGUACCAAUCUCCUACACAACCGUGUCCCGCGAAGUAACAAGCGCAACUGAAACAAUACAAUAUCCACCAAUGAAAGUAACUAAUCAUACAGAUGCUAUCAUCAAUUCUAUGUUGUACCGUUACUACGGAGACGAAGUUAAUGAAAUGCUUACACAGAGAAUUAUUAUAUCGUUAGGAACAAAAGGAGAUGGAUUUUAUAAAAGAAGUUACUAUUCUACAUGGACCUUUUUAAUUGGCUAUGGUACACCACCAAGUGAACGAUUUUCUAAUUUGGUAAUUAUGAUCAUGUCCAUUGGUCUAGGCCUUCCACUAAUUAUUCUAAUAGCAACUGGUUUAUACCUUUGCAUUCGUAAGCUGCCUAAACGACAUAGUGAUACAUAUUUAAGUCAAUGAAAAGAAUAGACGAUUAGACGAAGUAUGAUAGAUAUUUAUGCACGUUUAGUUGCAUUUCCACUAUACCACCAUUAAACCUUACGAGAGAUUUUCCUAUAUUUAUACAUAGCACAUAUAUUUUUUACACGUAUUUUCAAAUUGAUACAUAAAUCAAUUUGAAGUAUAUAUGUUAAUGCAUCGCAUAAAAAUUAUUCUGUACAAAUUUAUACACCAUUGAUUAAUAAAUGAUAAGUAACAGUAAAUUGAAA